AUGCCAACGGUGAACGGCCGCUCACCCGUAAGAACAAUCACUGCUCUGCUGGAACCAGUAGACAGCGGAGAAUGGGAGUGGCUCAUCCAGCACUACCUUCCUACCUACCUUGGCGGUCAUGAGGAGGCGACGCGAGAACCAUCCGACAUCCAUCCCGUGGCUGAGGAUCAAGGGGAUAUGGGGAAGUGGGGUACGGAUAUACCAGUUCUCAUCUACCGAAAUCACCGGGUUCAUCCAGCAAUCAGCACUGGUCACCUUGCGGCCUUCAACAACCACACCCUCAUCGGUCUCGGUAUCAUUGGAGCAGGCAAAAGUGGAUGCACUGAGCAAGCUGAAAUCUCGCAUUCGAUUUACGUUUCUUCUCCAUACCUCGUCUUGCUCUAUAUUGAUUUAAUGGCUCGGAUAUCUUCACUUCCUAAAGCCACCGGCAUUUUACCACUGCUUCCAUACCGACUGCCAAGAGGCCGCGAGCUUAUCAGCAGAGCUACCGAGAACAGCGCGACUCCCGCGGAUGGACCGUCAAGAGUGAAGCUUCAACUCCCAGCUAGCUGUGAUCCACCACAACUUGACGGCGAGAGGAAGCAGUUGGUCUGGGUUGUAUUUGGUGGAACCGGCCACAUGGGUAGAUCUCUUGUCAAGUCCGCCUUGUCCAAAGGAGAUCUCGUCACUUCCGUGGGCCGUGUGUUCGAGACGACACCGGAGGAAAUGGUAGCACAGCAGGACAAUGAAAAUUGCUUGGGGAUGCUGUGUGACGUUCGAGCGAGAGACUCGGUAGCGCGGGUCAUUGAACGGACCUUGGAGCGGUUCCAGCGAUUUGACGUCGUAGCCAACUGUUCUGGCUAUGGCGUAAUUGGAGCAUGUGAGGACCAGGAUGAGCACGAAAUCCGCAAUCAGUUCGAGACGAACUUCAUGGGCACUUUAAACAUUAUCCAAGCCAGCCUACCUUACUUUCGCCAACAGAACGGCGGCCGCUACCUGAUUUUCAGCUCGACGUCAGGAGCUCUGGGUGUUCCAGGCCUCGGCCCCUAUUGUGCUACCAAAUACGCCGUCGAGGGACUCAUAGAAGCUAUGCUUUACGAGACAGACUCAUUCAACGUCAAGGCAACACUCGUAGAGCCGGGGUUCGUCAGAAGGGACGAGCCAGAUACCCUUGCAACACCGUUACCAACCUGGGGUCAUUUCCUCAUCAAACCUGCGAGCGAUGCCUACGCACAGGCAACAUCACCAGCGUUGCAUGCCAAAAGAAUGGUUCAGUGGCUCGGUGACCGGCAGCCGACAAGCGCCGUCAAGUGUGCGGAGCUCGUCUGGCAACUAGCUCAUUGCUCGUAUCCCCCGCUGCGGCUCCUUCUGGGGAGCUAUGCAAUAGAGAGUAUUCGUGAUAGGCUGCGGUCCGUCACCGAAGAAUUGGAGGAUUGGAAACAUCUAAAUUUCCCCGCUCCGCCUGAUGAAGGGGAGGGAAAGGAGGCGCAAGCAGAUCAAGAUGAAAGCAUGGCCGACUCUGGGCAGGAUGCGCCUGGCCAGGUAACUGCGUAG